AUGGCCGCACCAAGGCAGGUUCAGAUGGAUUCCAUCGACGAGAGCAAGGUGAUCGUUCACCACGCUUGCUGCUGUUGCUACGACGGCUGCGUGCCAGAGUGCAACAACAUCGGCUGCGCAGCGCAAGAGACGUUCUUGUGCUGUGAGGCUGACAUUUGCUUCAAGACCGGCUCGCCUUGCUUGUGCUGCGGAUGCUGCGCACUCCGGUGUGUGUGGCCUACAACCUGCUGCAAGACGCAAACCCAGCUCUGUUGCUGUGUGGCGGGCUCGGCACUCCCUCCGGACGACGAAGUACCUUGCCUGGUCAACAUGUGCUUCAUCAACUGCUUCCCCCAGCUUGGCAUCUGCGCCAGCCUCGGCAGCAUGAAGAAAGGUGCCUCCAUGCAGUUCGAGUCUGAGGGUUCGUACGCCUGA